AUGCUGGGUAAUGAAUUCUACGUUGGUGCUUAUAAGGAUGGAGCAACAUGGAGAAUCAACAAGUUUGCAGAUGUUCCUCAAUUUCCAUGGGCUUACAAAAAGGUUCAGGGGCAGAAUUCACGGAUUCAAACUUCUUUUGAAGCUAUACGAGAAAUCCAUAUUCCAAUAUUGCAUCUCCAUAUGGGGAGAAAAGCCCGAGAGGGCUUCACAACUACUUGUGACAUAGAUAUGCAGCCAUCCAUCUUCGGUUGGUUCCUCUGA